UCCUCUAAUGCAGCUUUCAGAAAUAAUACCUUCACAGAAGGUAGAUGUAAUUGUGGUAUCUUUGGGAUUUUUGGGAGGAGCUCGUAGCGGAGCUAGAAGGAGUGAACUUCAUGGUAAUACAUCAAUACAGGGAAGGUAAUAGUGCGGUUGAUUUUCUUGCUAAGGAAGGAGAAACGGGAACAAUGUAAUCUAUGAAGAACAACAUCUUUUAUCACGUUAUCUGAAAGGUAUACUUUGGAUGGAUAGUGAAUAAAAACUGAAGGCGCUGGAGAGCAUUUUUAACAUCAAGAAAUCCCCCAUAAUGGGAUGUGUUUGUAUGAAGCAGAAGCUGAGGUACAACCAGAAAGCUGCUCUUGCAGCUCAAACAUGUUUUAAUGUUAAGGACAUUGAAGUUUUGUACGAGUUGUUUAGGAAAUUAAGCAGUUCUAUAGUUGAUGAUGGGUACAUCAGCAAGGAAGAGUUUCAGAUUGGCUUAUUCAGGAACAGCAAAAACCAGAAUUUCUUCGCAGAUAGGAUUUUCAGUUUGUUUGAUACCGAACAUGAUGGGCUGAUAGAAUUCAGAGAGUUUGUUCAAUCUUUGAGUGUUUUCCACCCAGAUGCCCCUCAAACAGCAAAAGUAAAUUUUGCAUUUCAAUUAUAUGAUGUACGAGACACAGGCUUCAUUGAGCAUGUUGAGGUCAAGGAGAUGAUUGUGGCUUUUCUAAAUGAGUCCGAUGUGCUCCUUCCUGAUGACAUUGUUGAAACCAUUGUUGAUAAGACGUUCAAAGAAGCAGAUCUAGGAGGAGAUGGAAAAAUUGAUCCAGAAGAAUGGAAGGAGUUUGUGGCUCGGAAUCCAUCCAUACUGAAGAAUAUGACUGUUCCAUACUUGAAGGACAUGACAACUGCAUUUCCUAGUUUUGUGCUGAGACCAGACAUUCAAGACGAGAUCAACAACAUCCCUUGA